AUGCGUGCCCUCCAGGAAGGCACACUGGAGAAGAUGGUGGCGUCCAUGGUACCACCUUUCCCGAGUGGAAAAAUUCCCCACAUCCCCACCUUAAUGUCUACCCACCAGGCCUUCUCCAGAGCCCAGCUGUUCCUGGACCAGCUGUUAACUAGGUGCUGCCCACCUUCCAUCAGAUCUGAUGCCAUCCAGGUGUUCUCUACAUCUGGAAAUAUGCAGCCAUAUAACGACCAGAGUGACACACCCCAGGACCAAUUGAAAAAGGCCGUAGCUUCUGUGAUGGGAGCCUGGCCGGACCAGAUACAAUAUGUCGGCCAGCCCCUGCUUCUCCCCUGGUUCACCCUGAAGCAGGCCCUCGUGCAGGGCCACCUCCCUGCCUCAUACCCGCUGGGCCAUGUGCUCAGCCUCUGGGUGGAGCUGGAGCAUCUGGAGCCCACGGAGGCAGAGCUGGAAGCUGCUCCAGAGGCUCCCCCAGAGCCCCAGCGCGCUCCAGAGCCCGAGGAGGGGCCUGCCCAGGGGCCCGUGCCCGGGCCGGCUCUCCAGCAGGAGCCACCUGGACCACCAGCUCUGAUCCGAAUGCCAACAGCAGAACCAGCUCCAUGCCCAGCAGCGGACCACCCCCCGGCUGGGACCACUAAGCACCUGAUAAAGGAGGAGAAGCGUCACAUCCUGAGCUUCCCUCCAAGACUGGUGGCAGAGCAGCUGACAGUGAUGGACGCGAGAUUGAAUCCCAGGGACUCCAAGGCUCAGGCCACAUCCUCAGCUUCUUGA